CCCGACUCUCAAAAUCAGUCCUAGUUCUCUGUACUGGGAAUUGAUUGUUAAAUUUCAUUGAUCGUGCUGUUAAUCACGUUCUCUCCAUUCAUUAGAACGGACGUGUUUGCAUUCUCGAGAUUCGACUCUGCUACCACCGUUUUGUACUGCUGAGUAGAGCGUGUCAUUAUAUAUCUACUUGAAGAAAAUCCCUUCCCCCUCUCUCUUCUUUUUAUUCUCGCAUCACUAUGGCGCCCGUCGCCCAAAGUGAUAUUGAUGCGGAGAGUCGUACUUCGGGCCAGGACUCUCCCCUGCGCCGACAAUUCUCCGAGCCAUUGCAUGCACCGUCAACAUCAACACCCACUGCUCAGUCCCCCGCGCCUGUCGCGUCUAAGAAUAAAUGUCCGGACUGUGGUGAAUUUUUCGAGAUAUUAAAUGAGGGCAAUGGUCUCAAAGAGCACAUUGCUACUGUGCACCCGCAAAUCGCCAGGACAUCGGAAGCUCAUGAUGAUGCGGAUGAAGAAAUGGCAGGUGCAGACGAAAAUGUUGAUGAUGAACCCAUUGAUGAGGACGACGACGAGCAACUGCAAGAUUUAGACGAAGAUGACGAUGUUGCUAAUGGCGACGAAGCAAUUGAAGCUGACGACGCUAUGGUCGAAGAUCUCAAUGAGCCCAGCGAAGAGACCGGCGGAGACGUUGACGUGGAUGACCACGGCCCUCUCCCAGAAGUCACGACCGCGACCGGCUCUGAGGCAGAGUUCGGGGCAGAAGAAAACAUCCCUCGAGGCCAACACGAAUUUCUGUCAGCGGAAAUGCGCCUUUUAAAUCGCUGGGAUAUCAAUGAUGCUCGCAGCUUUUCCCGAAACUAUGAUAGCACCACAGCCGAAUUGGAGCAGGACUGGGAAUAUGUAUUCAAAGAGACUAAAGCUUCCAAGAAACGCAAUUCGUUGCAAUUACCCGAACGCCCGGACCCGUACAAGAAAGCGCGGGUUGAUCGAGGUAAAUUCCUUGAACUCACCCCGAUUGAGGAGUUCCUGGUCGAUCUGCGUGACCCGGAAACGCGCUCGCCGGAGGAGCUCUACGCCAUCACCGCAAACGUUGCGCGCGUUCUUGCGACAUGGCAAGACGAGUACUUUGCUGUGGAUCGACUAUACAAACUGUCUACAGGACAGUACGAGAAAUUGGCUCCUGAUCCGCGGAAGAAGGUCGAGGACCCCGUUGUCACGGCUGCUAAAAAAGAAGCAACACUCUACCAAUACAAGUAUGAUGCCAGCAAACAUAAGAAAGGCUUGGACCAAGAUCCCUGGAUUCAAGGUGGUUUCCGGCCAACCCCGACUCAGGCGCGGAAGGCCAUGAAGACUGCCAAGUUUGAGCCAGGCACCACGCCAAACAUCGAUGGAUGGCGUACUCUUCGCAAGUUCGGCACUGAAUACGUUCCCAAGUACCAGGAUCCGCCUCCGGAAGAUAUACCUUCUAAGGCCACACGGACACGCAAGGCGCAAGAAAUGGAAGCGGCCGCGGCCGCUGAUGAGGCAGCCCGUCAAGCUGCCGCUGAAGAAGAGGAGGAGCAACUGCAACUAGCGACGAAACGGCAGACACGUGGGGGGCGUGCUGCAAUGGACGACCAGGAAUACUCAACGCCCACUUCCACAAGGGGCGCUGGUCGUGGUCGUGGACAACGCGGGCAAGGCCGUGGACGUGGACGUGGCCGGGGUGGUGUGAGCGCAGUCUCUGGAGCAUCUUCUGAAACCCCUACUCCCGACGGUCAAGCGCCUACUCGUGGCAGGGGCAGAGGCACUGGUGUUAUGCGCGGGACAAGAGGCAGUAACACUCGGGGUGGUAGAGGUAAAGGCCGAGCGCCCACCACGCCCAUCGGGACACCGCAGCAUGGAUCGCCCAUUGCCACUCCAGCACCUUCCUCUCGCCCGACAUCUCUCGCCCCUGGCCCAUCACAGCUGGCAUUCAUCGAACCCAUGCCGAAUGGUGGUUUUGUGACCAUGCAACCUCCUCAUCCCUUCACAACACCAGAGCUACCGGAUGAACUUGACCCUGCUGAGAUGGAGCGGCGUGACAGAGCUCGAGCCGAGAAAAUUGCCAACUCCAAGAACCCCAGACGCACGGAAGCCAUGCUUAACCACUGGGCCCGGUUUAACCAAGCAGGCCGUAUCCGACAACCCAAGCGAUCCAAGGACGAGAUCGAAGCUGACCGAGUGGCAUCAGCGGUCAAGAAAGCAGAUCAACCCCCAAAGAUUGGCGGCAGGAAGAAGAAGUCACCACCGGUUCCUGGUGUCAAUCCUCCAAUGGCCAAACCGGGUAUUGCUCCCGCCCCGGCACCGUUGCCACCUCCGGGCCCAGCUUCAGGUCCCACACCGGUUCAUGCUCUUCCAGGCCCGCCGCCAGGCCCUCCACCAGGCCCUGGUCCUGCGCCAACAGCAGCACCGCCACCUCUCCCAGCACCGACACCAUCUCAAGCACCACCGCCACCACCAUCACAUGCACAUCCACAGGCACAUCCACCACCCCCGCCAGCUUCAAACCCUGGUUUCCCUCUUCCAGCUCCCGCUGGUCACCCGCUUGGUCCUGGCGGCCCUCUCGCUCCUCAUCCUCCUCGCUACACAACACCAUAUUCGCCAUUUGGACAUAUUGACCCUCGAGGGAUAGCUCACUUCCCAUCAGGUCCUUUUCAACCGCCACCGCCGCAACCACAAUAUCAGACUCCGUAUCCACCAGACAGAUUCUUUAUUCCGUUUGGGAAUGGACCGGGGGCUGGGGUACCGCCGCCGAAUCAUGGGCAUGCAAGACGUCCUGCAUGAGUGAUUUUCACUUGAAAUUAAAAAGAUAAA